UGAAUUCUCUCAGUAACCUCUGUACUGCUGUUUAUCAACUGUGUCCGAAUUUGAAACUUUGCCUGGAUUGCCAGGAAGGACAAAGAUCAUUUCCUCUCAUUUCAAAGACGUCUCCUGUUCACUUUGGAAUUUUUUAAAAAAUGACUGAAACUCCUCUAGUGAAUAUUACCUCCUCAAACCAGAGUGAACAUCAGAGCAACUCAACUGUUUGCCCAGACUUGGAUGAGUGGUGGGACAUCGUGUACUAUGUAGGACCCAAGUACAUCAACACCGUCUGCGUCAUUGGGAUGCUUGGAAAUGUGUUUGUUCUCUUCACCUAUUCACUGCACAAGGGCCCCCUGAAGAUAGCUGAAAUCUACCUGAUGAACCUUGCUGUUGCUGACCUUAUCUUCCUCAUGUGCCUCCCUUUCUGGGCAGAGAACAUCAACAAUGAGUUCAACUGGCCCUUUGGCAGCUUCCUGUGCCGCAGCAUCAGCGCCUCCAUCACCCUGAACAUGUACACCAGCAUCUACCUGCUGGUGGCCGUCAGCGUGGAUCGCUACCUGACCUUCGUGCACACCCUGAACCACAGGGAGAUAUGGAGCAAGUCCAUGACCAAAGGGAUCUGCUUGCUCAUCUGGUUCUUUUGCAUCCUUCUCAGCGUCCCAGCUUUCAUGUUCCGGACGGUGAAAGACUUUCCCCAGUGGAAUAUUUCAGCCUGCACCUUGGACUUCCCCAGCCCGUCGUGGGAAUUGGCUGAAAGCCUGGUGGGCAAUGUGGUGGGGUUUCUGCUGCCAUCCACAGCAAUCAUCUUCCUCAAUUUCUCCACCAUUAGGUCCCUACAAAGAACAGCAAAAGAGCGAAAAGCAAUCAGAGCAAAGGGUUGCAAGAGGCACAGAGGCACGAAGGCAACCAGGCUGAUUCUCACUGUGGUACUGAUGUUUCUUUUCUGCUGGACUCCUCACCAUUUUUUUGUAUUCCUUGAUGUAUUAUACCAUACAGAAGUGAUCAAAGGCUGCUUCUGGGGGGAACUGAUCAACUUUGGGGAGCAGUUUUCUUAUAUGCUAGCUAUCACCAACAGCUGCAUUAACCCCGUGAUUUAUGUCUUUGUUGGGAAAUACUUCAGGCAAAAGGCUUUAGAAGUUUUUUCACAGUUUAUUCCCUGUGGAUUUCCUUCGAGAUGGGUAUCUUUCAAAGAAAUGUCUUCAAAUUUCAACAUGUUUCCAGUCAAGAGUAGUUUAACAUAAUGGUUCUCAGUUCCUCUUCAUUUUAAUAUUAUAACUUAUUUUAUGCCACUGCAAAUGGCAUUAAAAAUUAAUAUGAAACGUUCUGAUCUGGCCUUCACAGACCAAGCUAAUUAUCUAUUAAAGUAAAUCACUUGAUUGAUUGCUUAUUUUUUUCCUCAGGCUAGCUUUUCUAGUUCUGUGUCAUUCGUCCAAAUAUAAAAUGUGUGAUGCCAGAAUUUUUUACCAAAUUAUCUAACCUGUCUUACCUAUUAACAGUGGCUUAAAAGAAAAACUCUUUGACAAAAUACCAGAAACCUGGUUUCUUUGCAGAAAGCCAUAAGCCAGCUGAAUUUUUUGCUGCAUUGUAUCUGUGAUGACGGCUGCUAUACGACCUAUAACACUAUUCAUAAAAUUACAACAGCUAUUACAGAGCAAAUAUGAGCUUAAUCUUUGGCUGAUGAAUGCAUUUAAGCAGGUAUGGGAUAACUGGUUAUUUUGAAAAAAAAUUUCACUGAUUUGCAUUUUUACAGUAAGAUAUAGAGAAUUUUAAUAAUUUUUUUGCACUGUAAUUAUGUGCAAUGCAUGACUAUUGUACAAGAGGAUGUAACACAAAGAAAGUGUACAUAAAUUGUAAAAAAAGCAAGGUAAUGCAGUAGCCUCCUCAAAGCCUGAUUUUUGGUGAUCCAGUAAAGUGUUACAAAAUUGCUCAUAAAGUACUGUAAAGAUCCUUUUUAUUUUUUAUAUGUGAAUGUAUCUAUGAUGGCCAUUGAUACUCUGUUAUUUUGAGGCAAAUCCUUAAAUACAUAUUUAUGGUUUUAUGAAUCAGAAUUAAUAAACUACAUAACUUCUUUUUUCUUCAUAGUCUUUUUCUUUCUUAUAUUUAUUUUUAUGUUUUGUCUCUUUCCCCCUAUUCCUUUGGGGAAGAGCAAAUAUAUAGUUCUGUGAUUAAAAAUCCUUGUUGCUACCAGAACACCAACUCUUUUAGUAAAAGAAAAAAAUUUUUCCAUCACAGCCACAGUGGCAGAGUAGAUGUAAAGCAACUGAGAUCAAAUUAUGAGUACAGACAUGGAAAAAGACAGUGCAGCCUGUUCGGCCAGAGGAUUUUGGUGCAGAAGGGAGCAUCCAGACACAUCAUUUGUAUAAUAAUUCAUUUAACUCCUCACUGUAAAGCCUAUUCAGUCCUGUACUCAGUGCAGCAGCACCUC